AUGGGGGAAUAUCAGGAAUCGUAUGUACUUCGUUCUUCGAGAGGCUGUAUUCCUGUUAGAGGGAAGAGAAUAACAAAGAAAAUGGAUCUCAUGAGAUAUUUAUUUGUUCCUACGAUGACGCUUGGAGCUUCUUCAUUCCAACAAAAAUACAAGGAAAAAAUACGAAUCAUUGUCAAUGACUCCAAUGAAGUAUUUUAUCUUGGAGAAUACGUUAUAGAUUAUAGCGGUUCAAUUCGAGUAUGCUCUAACAUUCAAUUUGUCACUCCAGUUGCAAAAAGUAUUUCUGAGAUAUUAGAUAUCUUGACAAAUAUUCUCAACGCCAUAAGCAUUCUGUGUAUAAUCCUCCUAUUGGUCAUUUAUCUAAAAGUCCCUGCUUUGCAUACGGUUCCUGGAUUAAAUGUAAUGAGUACAUCGUUUUCUCUUAUGUGUAUGCAGAUAAUGUACACCUUAGCAAACGUUUUAGAGAAAGGAACCCUGUUCUGUCAGAUCUCUGGAAAUUUAUUACAUUACUUUUGGUUGAGUUUAUGCUGUUGUUUAUUUAUUUGCUGCUUACACAUGUUCUUAAGUUUUAGAGGCAUCAGAAUUAGGAAUACAGAAAACAGUAGGCGAGUAAUUAUAAGAAAGGAGUAUGUCAAAUAUAUUUUGUUCUGCUAUAUGCUUCCAGUGACCAUAAUAUCCCUUAACGUAAUUUUGUCCUAUGUCAUAAAUUGCAGCAUUGGUUAUGGUAAGAGAAUAUGUUUCGUUGAAAACUUCGUUCAAAACAUCGUUACAUUUAUAGUUCCUCUUCUUCUAACAUGUGUUUCUAACCUCUUCUUGUUUGUUCUGAUCAUUAUCAAUAUAGAUGUUGACAAAAAUAUUCAAAAGUCUAAAGACAACAAGUCGGAACUGGUUAUUUUUAUCAAGCUCUUUUGUCUGACGGGAUCGGUCUGGAUAUUACAGGUCAUAGAUAGCUUCCUGGAAUUGUCGUUUUUCUCGCUUGUUGUUACCCUGCUGACUUCUUCACAAGGUAUAUUCAUUUUCCUCAUUUUUUCUUCCUCUUCACAUAUAAGAAAUAUGCUCAAAUGUAAGUAA